AUUGAAAUUCAUAAUAUUUCCGUGAAAGAGAAGAAAAAAAAAAAGAAAACAGAUACAUAACCGUUUACCGAUUAGAUCAGUAGAAUUUUAUUGAGAGAAUUUUUCUUGGGGAAAGUUUACAGGGAAACAAUGGGAUGAAGGUGUGUUCUCGGACAGACCAAAACGAUGCGUUUUAGGGUUGGGACGCUGGUACUCGAGUAAAGCCUGUAAGGGAACCGUUUGGAAUAGUCUCGAUUCUCAGUUCCACUGUUUGGUAGCUGAGAAAAUUAGUAGCAUUGCAUUUUCACUCCCAAAAUCCUAGUAGCGUUUUUUUGUUGCUGAGAAAACAAUGGAGAAAAUGCAAUCGUGGUUUUCACCUAGCGGCAGUGAGGAUCUGCAGAAAGCCUCAUCGUCCUCGUCGUCUUCUCUCUUGGCUCAGUGGAACUCGUACGCUGCAGAGUCCAGAUCCUCCGAAGAAGAGGGUUCUCUCGGCAUGGGCAUGGGCUUCGAUCUCGAAUCUGCUGUUAGGUCCGCCAACGACACGGUCACCGGCACUUUCAGCGUGGUUUCAAAAGGAGUGAGAGAUUUACCUGGGAACAUCCAGUCUGCCACUAGUAAUGUCCCUUCAGGAAGAUCUCUUAUGUAUUUUGGUAUACUCCUGGCAACUGGGGUGUUCUUUGUUUUCAUCGCAUUUACCAUGUUCCUUCCAGUCAUGGUGCUGAUGCCUCAGAAAUUUGCUUUAUGCUUUACCAUUGGAUGCUCCUUUAUCAUUGGGUCAUUCUUUGCACUGAAGGGUCCAAAGAAUCAGCUAGCUCACAUGUCAACAAAAGAGAGACUUCCUUUCACAUUGGGAUUUAUAGGCAGUAUGGUUGGUACAAUUUAUGUAUCCAUGGUGCUUCACAGCUACAUUCUCUCUGUGCUUUUCUCUGUGUUACAGGUUCUUGCAUUGGCAUACUAUGCCAUCUCCUACUUUCCUGGUGGAUCUGCAGGGCUGAAAUUCCUUUCAUCGGCUUUGACCUCUUCAAUACUGAAAUGUUUUGGCAGGUGACCAUGAUGUGUGUGUGCAUAAAUUUUUCCUCGUAAUUUUUUUUUUCUCUUAACUUUUGGAUCUCCCUCUCGUAACUGAAAAAUGGAAUGACCUGAGAUACACUGUUGCAUAGCAGGCAUAGUCAUCUAAAAUUUUCUGCACUUAGUGUUUGUCUGAAACUUGGUUCGGAAGGAUACCUCUAAUGUAUCAAAAACUUUUCACGGUGAAUGAACAAUGAAAUUAGAUGGAUUUCUGGCACAA